CGUUUUCGCCUCGCGAUCUGGAGUCGUCGUGUUCUCGCCCUCUUUUCUGGAGGCGCUGCUGUUGCCGCCGCACCCACGUCUAUGUAUUUGUACUAGAGAGGCGGAGUUAAAGGAGGAGGGGUGAAAGAGAAUAUAGAGAGAGAAAAAAAGGAAAGAAAUCGACUAGGGUACCUCUUAAAGGGGGUGGGGGAGGCAAUAAAGACAAUAUCCUUACCACUCAUUUGAAGCGAAAACACAUCAAUAAUCUGCGCGUCACCUCACGUAGAGACUGGCGGCGGUGUUUCUCCCGUGGAAAGAUAAUUCCAUGUGAUAUAGAAGGAAGUCUAAGAAGAGGAAAUCAUUUGUCUCAUUGUCCAGAAGUUGUGUAUAUGGUAAAAUUAAAGGUUUCCUUCCUCGUAUGUUAAGGAACUUGAACAACUUGCAAUGAAUGGUGAGUCUGGUGUGGGGGUGGUUACUUCCCCACCUCCAACUGCUCCGCACAAGGAGAAAUACUUUGAUCGAGUCGAUGAGAACAAUCCUGAAUACCUCAGAGAAAGGAAUAUGCCACCAGAUUUGCGCCAAGAUUUCAAUAUGAUGGAGCAGAGGAAAAGGGUUUCCAUGAUUCUACAAAGUCCGGCUUUUUGUGAAGAAUUGGAAUCAAUGAUUCAGGAACAACUCAAGAAAGGAAAAAAUCCUACUAGUCUACUUGCAUUACAGCAGAUUGCAGAUUUCAUGACAACAAAUGUACCUAGUAUGUACCCUGCUGCACCACAGGGUGGAAUGGCUGCAUUGAACAUGAGUCUUGGAAUGGUUACCCCUGUGAAUGAUCUCCGAGGAUCUGAAUCCGUUGCAUAUGAAAAAGGAGAGAAAUUGCUACGUUGUAAGCUAGCAGCCUUCCACAGACUGGCAGACCUCUUUGGAUGGUCACAACUUAUCUACAACCACAUUACAGUCAGAGUCAGCUCUGAACAGGAACAUUUUCUCAUUGUACCUUUUGGACUUCUUUACAGUGAGGUCACUGCAUCUAGUUUGGUUAAAGUUAAUCUUCAAGGCGAUAUAAUCGAUCGGGGCUGCACCAAUUUGGGAAUAAAUCAGGCUGGCUUUACCUUGCACUCUGCCAUCUAUGCAACUCGUCCAGAUGUCCGAUGCAUUGUACACAUUCACACACCAGCUGGAGCUGCAGUUUCAGCAAUGAAGUGUGGCCUACUGCCCAUUUCUCCAGAAGCGUUGGCACUUGGAGAGAUAGCUUACCAUGACUACCACGGAAUUCUUGUGGAUGAAGGAGAAAAGAUUCUUAUACAAAAAAAUCUGGGCCCCAAGAACAAGGUGCUCAUUCUAAGGAACCAUGGUCUAGUUGCUGUUGGUGAAACUAUUGAGGAAGCUUUCUAUUACAUUCACAACUUAGUUGUAGCCUGUGAAAUUCAGGUUCGUACAAUGGCCAGUGCUGGAGGACCUGACAAUUUGGUUCUGCUGGAUCCUGUGAAAUACAAAGCCAAGUCUCGCUGCCCUGAAUCUUCAGGGGGUGAUGAAAAUAGUUCACAUCCCAAAUGGCUGAUUGGGGAGCAAGAAUUUGAAGCUUUAAUGAGAAUGUUGGAUAACUUGGGUUACAGAACUGGUUAUCCUUAUCGUUGUCCAGCUCUGCGAGAAAAAACUAAGAAUCGCAGUGAUGUUGAAAUCCCACCCUCUGCCACAGGUUUUACUUUUCCAGAGGACAGUGACUCUAGCUCUCGCUCCCCUCUCAAGCAAAGUUCUCAGAAACAGCAGCGAGAGAAGACAAGAUGGCUGAAUGCAGGCAGCACAGGCAGAGUUGAUGAAGUGCCUGAAGAAUCUAGGAAUGGUGACAGCCCCAAAUCGAAGACUAAGUGGAUGAAGGAUGCUGCUGGCCCAAUUCCCAAUCAGUUUGUGCCACUAAACACUGACCCGCGUGAGUUCAAAGAGAUGAGGAAUAAGAUUCGAGAACAAAAUUUACAAGAUAUAAAGACCGCAGGUCCUCAAUCUCAAUUACUAUGUGGUGUUGUACUGGAUAGAUCCUUUGCUCAGGGCGAAUUGGUGACUGCAUCAAAGGCAAUCAUUGAGAAGGAAUAUCAACCACGGGUGAUUGUGAGCACUGCCCCAAAUCCCUUCAACAAACUGACAGACCGUGAACUUGAUGAGUACCGGAAAGAAGUUGAACGAAAACAGAAGGGGCCUGAAGUUGAGAAUGCUACAGCCCAAAUUGGUGAGACCUUGGCAAAAGUUGAGUUCACUCAAGUGCAACAAGAAUGUCCUGAUGGCAAGGCAGAUGACAUGGCAAUUAUAUCGCAAAUGCACCCUAUCCUGGAGAAAGUGACUGAUACCGAAGUCGAUCAAAACCAAAGUCUGUCCUCAGUGCAUGAACUUGUUCAUAACCAAGAGGUUUUAGAGUCCCAGUCAGUGGAUGAAAAAGUAAAUGAUCAACAGAGUCCUGCAGACCACACACCUACCCGCACUCCUCCCAGCACUCCAACAAAGUUAGAUGAUGAAUUGCAAGUGGAACAGACAUGCAAGGAUGAUAGUGCUGCAACUUUCCAACAGUCCCUGCCAGACCUCACCCCUGAUGAGCCCUCGGAAGCGCUGACCUUCCCGACUUCUGGAAAAGAGGAGUCGGACAGCCCAAGCAAAGAUCUGAGUAGGAAGCUUGAUGAGCUGACCACAGCUGAGCUCCAAGAAGUGCCCUCCACACCACCACCUGAGCAGGUGCCAACGCCACCAGCUGAGGAUGUGGCAGAUGCAGCUAGCGAUGAGUCUCCCAGCAAGUCACCUUCGAAGAAGAAGAAAAAAUUCCGCACUCCCUCCUUCCUGAAGAAGAAUAAGAAGAAAAGUGAAUCCUAAAAAAUACCUAGUUUUUUACCUGGGAAGGCAGGAUGCCCUCAUUUUGCAGAUCGAUUCUAAUUCAUUUCUAGAAUGUACAAGGUUGUAUCGUUUAGUGUUACGUCUUAUUAAAAACAUCCAUGUAAUGGAAUGCAAAGAAACGUCUAGUAUAGCUUGAUUGAUAUGGAAAGUAACAGGACAUUCUUUGACAUAAAACAAAAAAAGGUGCUAAUCCUUUCAGUGCAGUAGGUGCAACCCGCUAAGUGUUUAAUUGCAGCAUGGUUUGCCACUUUGGGGUGAGGUAGAAGAAUAAUGAACCAGAGGAAGCCUUUUUUAAUAAGAUUAUAUUGUAAUGAUGAAUUAAUUGCUUUGUUGACAUAAUAUGCAGAUAUUGUAGUAAUGACAUACAUUUUACUACAGGUGAGACAUCCUGCUUGUGACUGUUAAAUGCCAGCCAUCUGCAAUGCUGCCUAAAUGGUGUGGGGAUGUGUUUUAAGGGAAGGUUAUUACAUGUGACUUGUAAACUGGCACAGAUCAUGAGUUGCUUACUUUAUAAAUGAAUGCUCUAGGUAAAUUGCUGAAUCGUGACUAUCUUCUUUUCAGUUUAAAGCAAAUUUCUCUCCUUGUUUUGUCUGUGCACAAUUUUUAAAGCAAUUGUUGACUGCAGCCCAUUGGUAAACUUGGUACGGUAUCUGUCAACAAUGCUGGGUUCUAUCCUGAGAAUAUUUGCACAAUGAGUUUCCACAUUUUGGAUAUUUCUCAGAGCAAGGUCUUUGGCAUGACCAAUCUUUAUUGCUUUAUGUUCAGGAGCUUAACAUGAAUUGGUUGGGUGGAUCUGGUGACACAUUUAUUCAUUUUUGUUUGCUAUACCAGUCCAAGUACAUUGUGUGGUUGUUUGUAAGGGAAGGAAAAAAAAGGUACACAACAUACUCUUCUAUUAGUAAAAUACAGGUUAGAUAAAGAUGGUAAAGUUGUGCUUAAAUGCUGGAAUUGUAUGUAAAACAAAAUUUAGACUUGCAUUUCUGUAGUAUUCUAUUGUAUCUCUAGAGAAAACGCUCCAAUUAUUUUGAAGUGCAGUGAUUGUUUAUGUAGGUAUAUGUGGCAUUUAAAGGAUGUUUUGUUUAGUCAGAAACUCUGUGUAAUGGCCAACAUGUUGUGUCCCUUUUUUUAAUGUAUUGCUUUAAAAUAUAACAGAUUCAGCAACAGUUAUUAUGUUUCCUAGAAUUGACAUAAAUAAGAAAUUGGAUAGAAAGGAGGGGGUCAAUUUUUGCCCUGUGCCAAGGCGCUCCACUGUUACUAAUGGAGGAAAAGAAAUUCAUAAAUCCUACAAUGUGAACAAUACAAAUAAAGCCACUUGAGGCCUGUUGUUAAAAAUGGCAACAGCCAAGACUAUUUAGGGUAUGCCAUGUACAUACUGCCUGACACAUCCUAUCUUCACUAAAUAGGGAGUAGAACAACCUCUGCUGAAUGUCCUUAAUUCAUGGUUGUGAUACUGGAUAUGAAAAUGUCACAAUUCCACAUAAUUAAAACAUAUGGUUUAUUUCUAACAACAAAUGUUCUGAUCAACUGAAUUUGUCAGAUAAAUAUGAAGAAAAUUGCUUUUAAAACUUCUGAACAGAUUGAUGGAAAUCUAUAAAACCCACUAGGCGAGGUAUUGGUGCAAAUAAAUUGCAUCAUUUGGUGCCAACUCCCUACUCCCUUUACACAGAACUUCAGGUAGCACCACCUAAAGCUUCUGACUGAAAUUCCUUCAUUCCCAUUGGGGAAGCCUUGGUUUGGGUAUCUGUAACUUUUAUGCUGGAGACAUAACAUGGUUGAUAUGUUGAAACCCAGGUGCUGACUUCCCCUUUCGAAGCAGGUCUGCUGGUGGGUUGAGGCAGGGCCAUAGUGGAAGUGGCAGCAAAACAAAAAGCAAGGAGUAUAUUUUGCAAAUAAGAUAUGUAAUGAGGACUGCAUGGCAUCGCUGGCUUUCCGCUUGUAUUUUACCCUUGUAUGACUUCUGUACACUCAGCAAUUUUAAGCUAAUUUUUGUUAAACAGUUAGACUUGUCAGACUUGAAUAUUAACCAUAUGCCACUUCUAAUUAUUCCAAUUUUGAUUCUUGUUUCAGUUCUUAAUCAUCUCCACUUAUAUGAAAGAUUUGUAAACUCUGAUUUUUAUUCUCUUUCCAAUUCUUGUAUCACUACAUGAAGUAUAAGAAUUUAUUACU